GGAAGGUGAACUAUUGCUAGGGAAGGUUGGGAAGGAGAGAAUCAUCAUGGGGAGGCUGGUCUUUUUACUUCACUUAUGUGCCUGGACUUUUGCUUUUGGAAAUAUGUGCAAUUAUUCUAACACAACUCCAGAUUUUGGAGGCCUCUAUCAUGUCAAAGGAGUCAUCAGUCUCCCUUACGCUGAAAUCGAAGAGCCGUUUGAAGCCUGGUACAACUUGACUGGGAACAAGAGUCGCAUUGAAUAUUAUAAUGGCCAGGUGGUGACGCUGCAGCUUGGAUGUUUAGAGCCCUAUGGUGCUUUGUUCAAGAUUACGCCAGCCACCACGGAAAAUGUGGUCAACAUUCAGAAGUGCUUCCUGUUAAACGGCACCAAAGAAAGUCAAGUGAAGCCUCAAGGGGUCUUUCCCGACAUGAAAGAUUUCAAGUUUGUAAGAGAAGAAUACUUCAAAGGCAUCUACACCUCCGUGUGGCAGAGCAUAACCAACUGGGGCAAGAAGAAGAAUAUCUAUACCAUGUGGGUGACCAACGCCAGCUGUGGAGUCACCCCGGUGCAUUACGAGAUGAAGGGUUACAACAGCUUGCUGGGGUCCCACUACGACAAGUAUGAAAUCAAUUACAGCGACUUCUCCAACAGCUUCCCAGCUUCCAUCUUCGUCCUGAAAUCAAAUGAAACAAAACUGUGUGAUGAGCUGCCAGGAGAUUCCACAGAGCACCAAAUCAUGGCCAAUCCAAUGGCUGACUUCGUUGGUGGACAGGAGGAUCGCGCUCACAGUCUGUUCCACCACUACAGAAAACGCUUUGGAAAGAGCUAUGACACUGAGCAGGAGAUGGAACAUCGGAAACACACCUUCACCCACAACAUGAGGUUCGUCCAUUCCAAGAAUCGAGCCAACCUUCCCUUUAAGCUGGCCCUGAAUCACCUGGCUGAUCUCACCCUGGAAGAGAUGGCUGUGAUGAGGGGGAAACUCAAGAGCACGACACCCAACAAGGGGCUGCCCUUCCCUGAGGAGAUCUACACAGGGCUCAUCUUGCCAGAAAGUUUGGACUGGCGACUCUAUGGGGCAGUGACGCCUGUCAAAGAUCAGGCUGUGUGCGGGUCCUGCUGGAGUUUUUCUACUACAGGAUCCCUUGAAGGAGCUCUCUUCCUUAAGACGGGACAUCUCAUCUCGCUCUCUCAACAAAUCCUCAUCGACUGCUCCUGGGGUUUUGGGAACUACGCCUGCGAUGGUGGUGAGGAGUGGCAGGCAUUUGAAUGGAUCCUGAAACAUGGCGGCAUUGCCACCACUGAGUCCUAUGGGCCCUACAAAGGACAAAAUGGCUACUGUCACAGCAACGAGACUCACCUCGUGAGCAAGCUCUCAGGUUACGUCAAUGUCACUUCUGGGAACGCCACUGCUCUGAAGGCCGCCAUUUACAAGCACGGUCCUGUCUCUGUCAGCAUCGAUGCCUCCCACAGGACCUUCUCUUUCUAUUCUAAUGGAGUCUACUACGAGCCCAAAUGCAAAAACAAGAGGGGCCAGCUAGAUCAUGCUGUCCUGGCUGUUGGUUAUGGUGUCCUUCAAGGAGAGCUUUACUGGCUCAUCAAGAACUCCUGGUCCACCUACUGGGGCAACGAUGGUUACAUCCUCAUGUCCAUGAAAGACAACAACUGCGGUGUUACUACUGAUGCUGUUUUCCCAAUUGUUGCUUAACGGGCGCACGACUUGGCCAAUUCCUUCAGGCAAUUUCAAAGAAAAUGCAAAUCCAGACCUUUCUUCCUACUUUUACUGAAGCAGGGCCACAUUCUUCUCAUCUCCUGGACUUCAUCUCAAAUCAUCGAACUGGAAGAAACUCAAGACAUACAUGUCAAUGAAAAUUCUUGGUCGUCUAGGUAGAGUUGUCUGGAAGUUGAGUCAUGGCAACUGGACCUCUUUUCCUUCUGGUUGUAACGUUCCACUGCUUCUCCAAGUAGCUUCUUCGGCCUGAGGAAGUUGGUUAGGUUGGCCCCUCUAAUUAACCAACGAACUAACUUAUAUGGCAGUGAUAGCUAACCUUUUUGCCAUCGUGUGCCAGGAUCAGGGGGGGAGGGAGGGUCUUGUGCAUGCGUGCCCACACCCAUAAUUCUAUGUGCUCUGUGCAUACGUGUGCAACACCCCCCCUCCUGCUCCUGGCACGCGAUUUCUCUCUCCCCAGGCUCCAGAGCCUUUCUAGAAGCUUGGGGAGAGCGAAAAUGGCCUUAUCAACCCCCCCGCCCCCGAGGCCCUUUGGAGGCUGGAAACAGCCUGUUUGCCAACUUCUGGUGGGACAGGAGGUGGGACAGGAGGCCGUUUCUGGCCUCCAGAGGGCCUCCGGGGUGUGUGGAAGGUCAUUUUCCCUCUCCCCAAGCUCCUAGAAAGGCUCUGGAGCCUGGGGAGAGGGAAAAAGAGGCCUUCCCCACCACCGCCUGAGGCCCUCCGGAAGCAGGAAACAGCCUGUUUCCCUACUUCCAGUGAGCCCAGAAGGCCCGAAAAUCAGGAGCUGAGUUCACGUGCCCACCGAUAUGGAUACACAUGCCACCUGUGGCACGCAUGCCAUAGGUUCGCCAUCACAGUUAUAUGGGAUCCCCCUAACCAACUUGAUCUAACUGAAGAAGCUAUUUGGAGAAGCAGUGAAACCUUUCAAACCAAAAAGGAAAGAAGUCCAGUUGCCAUGCCUCAACAUCCAGUCAAGAGGUACUUUUUUUUUUUUUUAGAACAACUUAGUUGCUAUCCUUGAUGGGUUUUUUGACAACAAAGGCCAUUUUGCAAUGGAUGUUUUGCCUUGAAAAUCUGGGAAGGGGUGCCCCAAAUAAAUAAAAUCGCCACGUCCAUCCUUCUUGGCAGCACCAAAAUAAAAUGUAAGCAGGAUUUCAGCUCUUUCCCCCCCCCCAAUAGUUUAGAUAUCUCCAAAUCUUCCUAAAACUUUCUCCCAAAAAUAUGGAAAAGGAAAAUUCAUUCUAUAUUUAUAGGAAUGAAUAUACAUUCCUCUGAUGUUUGCAGGUUGUUUCCUGAGCCGUGAUAUAGAUAAGGGAUUCCCAUUGACUUCUUCCAAUCUAGCCUAUAUCCCUGGAUGUCCUUGUGGUCUUCCAUUGGAGUAAUACCAGACCUAUCUAUUAACCAACUAACUAACUAGCUAACUGGCUAACAGGUCUAUUGUUGAAACCAAUUACAGACAGAGAAAUGCUGCCAUUUUUUUAAGCCUAUCUGUUUUUUAAUGGCAUAGCCUAAAGUCCCCGAGCUGCAUUUAUUCCCCAAAGCUUUAGCUAUGACCUGCAAAAUUAUCUAAAACUUGCUGCUAAAUUGUAGUUUUUAAUAGAAGGGUGGGUGGGGAAAUAAAAACGUGGAAAUAAGUCGUUACUGUAAUUGAUCUAAUUUAAUAUAAUUUUCAUUAUGUGUUUAAAUAAAACCAAGUUUAUAUCCAUGUAAA